AUGUCUACUUACGACGAGAUCAAGAAGCGCUACAAGCUCAAAAACAUCUCUAUCGCUACUUGGCGGGAUCCGUACUUAAGUGUCCAUCCUUCGAGGGGAGGGAAGCCGGCUUCGCAACUGUCUCCCGAGGAUGUAGUGAGACCUUUUGUUCCGCAGUAUAGGGUAUACGAUCUCCCGGAGCCGAAGGAUGAUGAAGCAUCUGUGAAUGAAGAAGACGCGAAGUCAGAAGACCUAGAUUCUUCCGAGGACACUACAAAACAGCCUGCGUCUGAGGAUAACGGAGCAGGUCCCGACACUCCUGUACUCGUUGACGCAGAGUUAUCUGAAGAAGUUCAAAUGAUCGACGACAGUCCUGCAGCAGCAACGAACGAAGAACAAGCGCCAACGCCCAUUCUGGACGACUUACCUGAAGAUCCUCCUACAGCACUCGAAGACGCCACUCUACCCGCCGCUGAGCCCGAAGCACCAGUCGAGUCGAGCGCCGUAGUUGUAAUAGACGACAUGCCAACAGAGUCUGCUAGCGAAACACCGGCAGACGCCGCACCACCACUUCCAGAUCCGGUCAACAUGGAACCUGAACCAGUCAUGGAUCUGCCUCCCCUAGACGAUUUGCCUCCACCUACAGAUUCCGAACCCACUGAAGAGCGUCGAGUUUCCUUCGCCCCCGGCACACCCGAACCAACCUCCACUCGCAAGAAGAAGUCGGCCACAGGCACCAAGAGCAAGAAGAAGAAGAAAAUGUCAGUCCCGAUCAGUAGUCUACCGGACGAUGUGAUGGCGAUGAUUGAUGGUGGGCUUGAUGGUUUGGGGCCGCCACCGCCGCCAUCAGGACCACUGCCUGAUCUGUUGGAUUUGGAUCUGGAACCGCCGGUUGAUAUCAUCGAUGUGCCUGCGGUAGGGGAGGACAAUGAGCCUUCCGAACUACCUGGCAGCUCUGGGGAAGAUCUCGGAGCAGCGGAAACACCGGUUGAGGUGGUUAAAGAUGAUGGACCUCCUCCUGUCGACGAGAAAGAAGAGGCGACCAUUGAUUCUCCACCACCGCCUGGGGAGCCAGCUGAAACCACCAUUGAAGACGCUACACCAGCCGACAGCAAGACCGAGGACGUGGCAGUCGAAGACUCUACCCCCGACAAGCCCGCAGAUAUCGUACCGCCAGAGCCAGAAGUCAUCGAACCUCCACCGCCGCCACCAGACACCGAAGCGUCGGAACCCAAACCUAAGGAGAAGGGCUCCAAACGCAGCAAAGACAAGUCGAAAAAGGAAUCAUCGAAGAGCAAGUCCAAGGAAGUCGCCGCUCCGCCAGCUGACCCUGGCAUCGAUGCCGCGACGCUGCCUAGUUUCGACGAUAUCAUGAAGGAUCUUGGACCUCUGCCUGACGAGCAGACUGUUGAGGUAGUCGAAGUGCCCCCCGCCGAUGUUGCGGGAAUUCCAGCUGACGCUGAAGCGCCACCGGAAGAGGCCCCAGCCAACGCUCAGGACAAAGAGGUCGAAACGAAGUCCACUGAGGACGCAGCCGUGACCGAAGCCGAAGAAACAGAUCCGCCGACGGCGAAUGAUGCCGAUGUCGAAGUCAAGCAAGAAGACACCCCGGCAGCGAUCUCCACCGAGGAGGAAAAAGCCGGCGAUGCGCCAGCAGAGAAAGGAGACCUCCCUGCUGAUGUCGUCGAAGAGGGCAAAGAUACUGCAGGCGACAAGGACGAAGACGCUGUGGCUAGUGGUGAGUCCUCUGCGGACGAUGGACCGGCUUCUACCGAAGAAGCCACAAGUCCGACGGAUAGCGGUGUUGAGAUGGAGGGCGAGGCGAAGGAACCAGCAGAAGCAGGGGAUGACGCUCCUGUGACUGACGAUGCCGGCACGUCAAUCGACGCACCGUCACCUACCGAGAGCGUGGAGGGGGAUGAUAGCAAAGACAAAGAAGACGAAAAAGAAGUGCCCGAAGCGUCCAAUGAUGAUGAGGGAGAUGGUGACAAGGGCACCACAGCCGAGAACGCGGAGGCGCCAAAAGACGACACUGCAGUGGCUGACGACCUACCUGGAGAAGCUACCGAUGAAGGCGCAGAGGAAGCGUCUCCAGCCAAGGAAGAAGAGGCUGAACCUGCGACCGUUGCGCCGGUUGAGCCAGAAGGCGAGUCUGCUGGUGAAGAUAAGCCAGACAAUGCCCCAGCGCCAGCGAUCGUCGAAAAUGCUACUGAGGACCCGGCCGCUGACACCGACUUGCCUGCUGAGACUACUAGUGACAAGGAGGCACCGGUCGAGGAGGCUGAAGUCCCUGAAUCAAAGGACGAGCCUGCUACUGAGGCCGCAGAUCCGCCAGCUGAACCGGCCGACGACCCACCGCCAGAAGAUAAGCCAGAAGACGCUCCCAAUGAGGAGGCUGCCGAGCCGCUUGACAAGGAGCCAGCGCCAGAGCCAGAGCCAGAGGCAGCACCGCCCGCGGAGCCCAUCCCAGAAGCACCACCAUCCCCCAACCUCUCCAAAACCAGCUCCGGCGGCUCCUCGAAACGCAAACCCACCCACUGGGAACGCCCGCAUACCCGCCGCUCCCUCGACCACGCCUUUGAAGACACCAAAGUGCUCGAGCGCCCGCACAGCAGCCGGACCAAAAGCAGCAGAAGUAGUAAAGACAAAGACAGAGACGAAACGCGCGUCCGGGACCGCAGGCGUAGGACUUCAACUACCGAGGAGGAAGAUGAAGAGCGUCGAAGACGUAGGAGAGAGAGGAAGGCGAGGGAAGCUGCGCAAGCUGAAGAGGACGAGAAAAGGAGGAGGGAUGAGGAGAGGGAGAAGCGCAGCAGGCGGUUAGAGCGGAAGGCUGAGGAACUGGAGGAGAAGGCGAGGUCCAUUCGGAAGCAGGCGGAGGCGGAUGCUAAAGCGGAUGAGAGGAGGCGGAGGAGACACAGGGAAAUUGGGAGGGAAAGGGAUGAGGAGCGCCCGAAGACCAGAAGAGCGGCUACGGAGCCGGUUUUAGUGAAGGAGAGCGGACCCUCGAAAGUGACGUCCUCGAAAGUCGACUCAGCGGACCCCCGCCCGGACAGACGUAGUGGCGAGAUAGAUACUCGACCGCCGAGCUCGAGCGGGAGUAAGAGUCAUCGUCGACACCGAUCUCACCAUUCCCGCUCAGAUGCUGAUAGAGGCUCGGAGAGGAGUCGGAGGGAGAGCGACAGUCGGCCGCUGCGGCCGGUGUUGGAGGAGAGAUCCUCGACGGGGUUCUUUGGGAAGCUGUUUGGAAAGAAGUGA